CCCUCAAGCUUAACAAGUUAAGAUCACAACUCAAAAACCAGACGUACGUAGCUCCAUAUAUAAUACAACACCAGACCAGAGACUGUAAUUCUGUAAAGCCGGAAUUCCCCCUUGGCUUUGAUAAUCCACCAAUGAAUUAUAGCUUCUCUAAGGUGGAAUUCGCGUUGGAUUCACGAAACUGACCAAGGAUUCGAGGGGCCGGGCCGGCAAUGGUUCCACGCCUCUACGUCUGAUUCUAUUCUCUCGUGCUGGAGGUUGUUAAUGGAAGGCGUGCGAUUCUGUCGGUGAAGAUUCCCGUACAGAUACGGUCGUCUGUUUCGGCUUUUUAUGUUGAAGAUUCAGCAUUUGAUCCAUCCAUCACUUGAAGCUGAUCAAUCUCUCUGAAUCGGCUUGGAGUUCUUCUCCAUUUCUAGGUUUUCAUCAGUUUUGGGCUUCCAUUCUGCAACUCUAGUCUCUUAGAACUUCUGGUAAGAUACCUUUUAAGGAAAAAGAUUCUUCAAGCAGGAUAAACCAUGAAUGCACUGGCAGCAACAAAUAGAAAUUUUAAGCUAGCAGCUAGGCUUUUGGGAUUGGACUCGAAGCUUGAGAAAUGUUUACUUAUUCCAUUCAGAGAGAUCAAGGUUGAAUGUACCAUACCCAAAGAUGAUGGCACUUUGGCCUCUUUUGUUGGGUUCAGAGUUCAGCAUGAUAAUGCAAGAGGUCCUAUGAAAGGAGGAAUUAGAUACCACCCUGAGGUUGACCCAGAUGAAGUGAAUGCUCUAGCACAGCUUAUGACAUGGAAGACAGCAGUGGCAAAUAUUCCAUAUGGUGGCGCAAAGGGAGGAAUAGGAUGUGAUCCAGGGGAAUUAAGCGUAUCCGAGCUGGAGCGGCUUACGAGGGUUUUCACACAGAAAAUUCAUGAUUUAAUUGGAGUCCAUACAGACGUUCCAGCACCUGAUAUGGGAACAAAUCCACAGACAAUGGCAUGGAUACUGGAUGAGUAUUCGAAAUUCCAUGGCUACUCACCUGCAGUAGUGACUGGAAAACCUGUUGAUCUUGGUGGAUCUCUGGGCAGAGAUGCAGCUACUGGAAGAGGGGUACUUUAUGCAACACAAGCCCUCCUUCAAGAAUAUGGAAAAAGUAUCUCUGAUCAGCGAUUUGUUAUACAGGGGUUUGGAAAUGUAGGCUCCUGGGCAGCUGAGCUCAUCAGUGAAAAUGGUGGGAAGAUUGUUGCAGUAAGUGAUAUCACAGGUGCCAUAAAGAAUAGCAAUGGAAUUGAUAUACCAAAACUACUCAAACAUUCCAAAGAGCACCGUGGAAUCAAAGGUUUCAAUGGUGGAGACCCCAUUGAUCCCAAGUCAAUACUGGUUGAGGACUGUGACGUUCUCAUCCCGGCCGCCCUUGGUGGCGUAAUCAACAGGGAAAAUGCAAAUGAAAUCAAAGCCAAUUUCAUUAUUGAAGCAGCCAACCAUCCAACCGACCCAGAGGCAGAUGAGAUCUUAGCAAAGAAAGGUGUAAUCAUUCUUCCAGACAUAUUCGCAAACUCAGGUGGAGUUACCGUGAGCUAUUUCGAGUGGGUUCAGAACAUCCAAGGGUUUAUGUGGGAUGAGGCCAAAGUGAACAAUGAACUCAAGACAUACAUGACCAAAGGCUUCAAAGAUAUGAAGGAAAUGUGCAAGACCCACAACUGCGAUCUCCGCAUGGGAGCCUUCACCCUUGGAGUUAACAGGGUUGCACGCGCAACUGUUCUCAGAGGCUGGGAAGCCUAAGUUGAUUUGGAUGGAGAUGUUGUGACGAUGAAGAUUUCUCUUUCUUCUCUCCCUGACUCCACUUUUCUCCAUUUUAGAUCUUCACUUUGUUGUUCAUUAUUUUAAGAAUUUUCUUCUUUCAUCAUCAUGGUUUAAGCAGAACUCAAUAAAUUUUUAAGGGCAGUCAACACCAUCCAUUGUUCAUUUUUC